AUGGAUACGGAUGAAGUUCUCAGCCGAAAUGGGUCUCUGCAGGACUAUGCACUCAUUUCGGAGCGACUUCAGCAAAUCACCAACGCAAAAGCGAAGCCAGAUCCCGUUGGAGAGCCACCGGUUUGGGCUCAGCGCCGCCAAGCCAUGUGUGAAACACUUUUGUACGCGAGGAAUUACCAGUCCUGUGCUUACACGUUGAACGGUAUUUCACAUUCUUGUACCUUUGACCUAGCAUCUGGCCCUCGAGCGCGAGAAUUCAUGGAUGCGGACGUCAUUAUUGCGACUGCUGGUGGAGGACUUACCAAAGAAAAGUUCGACGACGCCAUGACUAGAGAGCAUGACCAGCCUGUCACUGGCGUCAUCCAAGCGCUGCGGAAUAACACCCAGUUCGAGAAUGCAGUGGUUAUCAUUUGUGGAGAACGUAAUGUGAACUCCCCGUCCAAGAUGCCGCACCCCUACAAUGUGCUUGGCUGGUUUAAGCCAACUCACGUGUGGUCUGAAAAGAUUGGGGGAAAGCGGGUGUUCAGGUUCCGCUUCGAGCGCAUCGUCGUGGAGGAUGUUAGUUGGUGGGCACCUCAAGGUGUUACCAAUCCUGCUCCGCUGGGUAGCUUGCCAACCCCAAUUGUGCGAACCUGUUCGGAGUGCCAGAGGUCGUCUCCACAGAUCUACCUUCAGGGGUGGAUGUGCUUGAAUGAUGGCAAUGAGAUCUGCCAAAACUUCUGGCUCUUGAACGGGCAGGAACCAAACGACAAUCUCAACUUUGACCCGCGGUUCUUGAAGCAGAAGACCCAUUGGGAGACAGAUGGGGAGCCUCAUUCGCUUGCCCCGUCACCUAUGCCUGUUGAACUGGGCCGCAUCCAGGGACAAGGUGUGUCAUGGGAAGCCUGGCGUGGAAUUGUAUGCCCGCACUGUGGCUCCUGCAAUUCUCGCGAACAUUGGUUGGCCUGGGUUUGCAGUAAUCCAAACUGUGGUGCGAAGUACACAAUUCCAGCAACUCCCCUUCCCCUUGCUGCCCUCCAGGACCUCCAGCAUCCUAUCUCCGAUGGAUUUGCUUUCAACAGGGAUCUCCUCAAUCAUAGUUUCGAUGGAAUGCAGCACCGAGUGCAGAACAUUGAAGGAUGCCGCACCAAUGUCUUCACCAUCCCUGGUGCCAAAGGAUGCAUCGUUCAUAUUCUCGCGAAUAAGUCCAUGAAUGCGGUUCCCGGUGGGGCAGACUACAUGUGGGAUCGUCUUCAGAACGUCGACAUCGGCUUGCGUCGUCGCCUGAUGAAGAGCGCAAUCAUCCGUGGCGGAUUCCUCACGAAUCACUUUGCUGCAAAUUUUGGGGUCCAGUACAAUUAUGUGGCCAUGGUCGACAGCAAGCCUAUUGAGGAUGCAGACCCUGUUAUUAGUACUGCUCGUUCUUUGAUGGACAGGAUUUCAAAGAGAGUCACAUCCGAAUUUGCUCCUGGCAUGCACGUUGAGUUCAACGAAGUCCUUGCACUUGGGUAUUUUGAGAAGCAGAUGAUCAAGUAUCAUGACGACGGCGAAACCGGCCUUGGGCCCGUCAUUGCUACCCUCAGCAUCGGGCAACCCGCCAUAAUGACCCUUAGAAUGAAAGCCAAGUACUACAAUGGUUCUUCAAAGAACGGGUGUUAUGUCGACGCCGCUCCGCUGCCAGGCUGCCGUGACCAUGCUAUUCGUAAAGAGGCACAUGAACAGCUGAACACCAUCCCCGACCCGGCACAGCGUCGGGCACGCAUGGCGGAGCUCCCCAAGGAGUUGAAAUUGAAGAAGACCGGAGUUGCCCCAGAUGCGGUGAGCAUGCAUCUGGCACACGGCGACAUCGUGAUCAUGGCCGGGGAGGAGAUCCAGAAGUACUUCGAGCACCAGGUGAAGCCGACCGGGAAUCUGAGGUUCGCGUUGACGUGCCGUUACAUUGACCCGGCCUCGGUUGGGUUAGCUUCUGUCCAUGAUCAUGCUCAUGAUCAUGACGAUGGGGGUGUUGAGAGUGUUGAGAAUGAUGGGUAG